AUGGAAGAAGAAGGCCAGCGGGAGCGCGGGGCGGCGGCGUUGGCCGUUCUGGCGGUGCUGUUCGCGAUCAAUACGACGCACUGGAUCGUCAAGCGAAAAAAGGAGCACAGAGUCAUGGCAAUGGCGGAGGCCCUCUUGGCCGAGAUUCAUGGCCUGAGGCGAGAUGCAGACAGGCUGAGUGGGCCUGACACGUUUGUGCAGAGCGCCAAAAUGCAGCGGAGUGCCAACGCCAAGGAGAAAGAGCUCGCAGGACUAUGGGAGGACCACAAGGGCUCUGAAAAUGCAGGCGUACUGUGGUGGAUGAGCAUUUUGAGGGCCGUCGCAAGCAUCACAUUCGUGUUGUGGCUGUGGAGUGUUAGGCUCGUAUGCCUGGACGAGAGUCUCGUGUGGCCUGUGGGGUCUUUCCUGAAGUUCCCCCAGUACAGCAAUCCACAAGGAUCCAUCACCAUCAUUCCGUGGAUCAUCGCCUGCGACCGCGCCAGUCGGGCACUCCUGCAAGUUGUGCUUCCCAUGAAGGUUGUCGGAAGUAAGGCAGCCCUGUGGAAGUAA